AUGUCAUCCUACCCCGCUACAUCUGCGACAUCCUCCAAAACCAAAGAAGAACGCGACCGCGAGGUAGCUCUAUAUCAUGCGAAUCUGAUCCAGCAGCGCAAAGACAUCGAGUUGGAGAUCCUGCUCUCUACCGAAACCCUGAUCGAUUAUCCUCUUGCGCGUUCUCCUUAUGAUGCCUCGAAUCCAUCUCCUGCAGACGCAAAGACUUUCAAGGAGCUUCUUCGUCCAUUCCAACCUAGCGAUUACGAUGCUCUUAUCGUCGAGCGAAACAUAAAUGAGCACUGCGGUUAUGCGCUAUGUCCGAAUCCGCGGGUGAAAGAAGAGGGAGGUGGCAGAUUUCGCAUACUAGGCAUGAAUGGCAAGGCGAAAGAUUUCAAGGUAGUAGAGAAGGAAGAGCUUGAGAAAUGGUGUUCGCCAGCAUGUGCAAAGAGGGCACUGUAUGUGAGGGUUCAACUCAGUGAGACUGUUGCUUGGGAAAGAGGGGCCAUGGAGAAUGCGGCCAACAUCGAUCUUCUGGAUGAGCCGAAAUCCGAAGAUGGUUCUCUUGCAGAACGUAUGGAGAAAAUGGAUAUAGAGACAGAUAAUGCUGCGGGCAAGAAGGAUGCUGCGAACCUAGCUCUGGAAAGGGGUGAUAAGACCAUGGCUGCCAGGAAUGCUUUGGUCAAUAUCAACAUCCAGGAGAAGGAUGUCUCAAAAGUACCACAAGCGCCGUCUUUAGAUGAUAAAGAUCUGAGUGGGAGGCUUGAUAGCAUGCAUCUUACAUUGGAAGGCCAUACAAGUACCUUCGGCAGUCGAAGGGAAAGACGGCAUAACGAGGAAUUGGAUGGAGCCAACAUCGAUGAUGGUGAGGAGGAUAGUGAGGAAGAUACGGAUUGGCAGCUUUGA